GGUGAGAAUUUGACCAAACUGCCGACUUUCAUUAUGAGCUUCAAAUUGGUUUUUUUAGGUUGUGAUAUUCCAAAUAGGCGUGAUGUGACCAGCUGUGCCGAAGUGGCGCUUUUACGCACGAUGGAGGAACUUCUGCGCGAACUAGACUGUCUGCCUCAAAAUGUUUCAUGGAGCAACUCAAGUGGUGGAAAUGAAAGUCAUCCAGGAAAGGCCACAGUGAACCCUCUGAAACGAAACGAAGAAGUGGCCAAAGUGGAAGUUACCGUUCUCGUCCUGGUCCUGCUUCUGGCUCUGACCGGCAACCUGUGCGUCCUGUGGGCGAUCCGCACCACCAAGCACGGACACUCCAGGAUGUAUUACUUUAUGAAACACCUGAGCAUCGCAGACCUCGUUGUUGCGAUCUUUCAGGUCUUACCACAGCUCAUUUGGGAUAUCACAUUCCGCUUCUAUGGACCCGACUUUCUCUGCAGGCUGGUCAAAUAUCUCCAGGUGGUGGGGAUGUUUGCGUCCACCUACAUGCUCGUCUUGAUGUCUAUCGACAGAUGCUUAGCCAUCUGUCAACCACUUCGCUCCGUGCACAAGGGAAAAGGAAAAGAUCGCUUCUGUGUGAUCGCGUCCUGGAUGCUCAGUCUGGCUUUCAGCACCCCGCAAGCGUACAUUUUCUCUCUGAAAGAGGUCGGGAGUGGCGUGUAUGACUGCUGGGGGGACUUCGUGCAGCCAUGGGGGGCCAAAGCAUACAUCACGUGGAUGAGCCUGAGCAUUUACAUUCUUCCAGUGGCAAUAUUAAGCAUAUGCUAUGGCUUGAUAUGUUUUAAAAUAUGGCAGAACAUCAAUAUUAAAACAAGAAGGGAGAACACUUUUGCUGCCACUUCAAGGCUGCGUAAAGACGCUCAUCCGCUCUCACGUGUGAGCAGCGUGAGGCUCAUUUCCAAAGCCAAAAUACGCACAGUGAAAAUGACUUUUGUAGUGGUCCUUGCUUACAUUGUGUGCUGGACUCCCUUUUUCUUCGUCCAGAUGUGGUCUGCGUGGGAUCCUGCUGCACCAAGAGAGGAGGCAGCACCGCGUCCCCACAGCAUGACAGCACCUCCACCAUGUGUUUCUGUAGACAUGGCGUUCAUCAUUGCCAUGUUGCUGGCCAGUCUCAACAGCUGCUGCAACCCCUGGAUCUACAUGUUCUUUGCCGGUCACCUGUUCCACGACUUUAUGCGAUGCUUCUUCUGCUGCUGUAGACACUACCUGACAGACUCUUCCUGCAACAGUGAUCAACAGUCCAGGCAUAAGAGCAGCUCCUCCACUUACGUCAUCGGGAAUGCUAGCAGCCAAAGGAGCCUGACACACAUAUCCAACACACGGGGGGGACUGCAAGGACAAGUCCGAUGAGAGUCACUCAGACUUUAGGAAGUACAGUUUUCCAUCAAUCACGCAAGUCCAUAUAUCAGACGUUUAACCAUUUAAAGCAGAGAUUAGUGUCCAAACUAGGAAUAAAAUGGAAUGCAAAGUGAUGUUUGAACAACAAUCUCUUAUGUUUAAUAUUUAAAAUUGUGUUUUCUCCACAAACUUUGGUCCCUUGCAGAUCUUAGCAAACUGUCCCACCAUCAUUCAUGAUUUGAGUUGACAUAUGUGAACAGGAAAUAAUGUUAAAUGUUCAUGCUGUGUCAAGAUUAUGAAUACAUUUUGUGUAAAUAUACUUGUUAAACAUGGCAAAAAGAAGAACAAUUCUGAAGAGUUAACAUUUAAAUAUGAAUUUUCUCUUCAUAUUAAAAGACUACACUAUCAAUAGCUUCAACCUUGCUUGUGCUCCUCUGUCCUUCAUUCUUGUACACUAGAGUAAAGUUCCAACUUUACUUUAAUUGUUGUUGUUCUGAUUUGAUAUAUAUUGAUAUCAGUGACAACAUUGCUCGCAGCUUGAUCCAGCUUGAUCUGAAGUAGGGCAUUUGACCAAAUUGAGGCUGUAUUCUGUAUAUUGUUUUUCUGCCAUGUAGCAACAGCAGAUUCACUAAAUACUUUCCACUCCUCUUCAUGUGCACUCUGAGAUGAUUAUUUUUGUUAUUCUCCUUAUUUUUAUCAGCUGUGUCUGCUUUCUAUGGAUGUUGAUUUUCAAUUUCACUGUGCAAAGCUUAUCAUAUGAAGCAGAUAGAUGGAAAUAGACCUAAUGCAGAAGAUUAUUUGUACAUGAGAUUUGUGUAAGUUUAUCUGGGGGUGGAAGUUUCACACUGUACUGAAAGUCAUUGUAAGCAUGCUUUUGCAAAUCAUAAAUUUAUAUAAUAUUGGAUAUAAUAAUAUUGAACAAUUUUUGCUCUAUAAAUAAACUCAAGAUAUUUUGCAUCAUUUGUUCAGCGGGGAUUUUUUAUUUACUAAGACGUGUGGUGUUUCUGCUGAAAUCUUUGCAGAAAUACAGUAAAUUCUCACAUAUAUGCAAACUUUUCAAGCCCUUCUGUAUCGUAAACAGUCACAAAAUGCCACUGGAAAGUAUAAAACCAGAAUAUUGUGAAAAGUUACUUGAAUAGAGAUAUAACUUCUGAAUACUGAUGUCAAACAUGUUUAUCUGACAAUAAAUUC